UUAGGCCGGUCUCCCCGCAAAAUGAGGACACUCUUGAUGAGACUCCUUCUCGAUCCCGGCUUCCAGUAGAACGCGAGACUGAGGGCGAAUGCAAGACAUGCGACACAAUAACAUCACGGCACUGUACUCUCUGCGGCAGAGAUUGGUAUUGUAGUGAGCAUUGCCAGAGCCAAAUGGGAAUUCAUCAUAUCUUCUAUUGCAAUUUGCGGCCACUCACCACAGCGGAUUUUUUAUGUCGAAACUGCCUUUCAGAUGAGAUGCCAGAUGAUCCUGGAGUAUUAGAAGACUUUGGAUUUAGCCGCUGCAAGACUUGGGACGAGCAAUCGCAUCUUCUUGGCGUUUAUAUCGGGUUGUUCAAUCAUCUAGAGAUUCCUAGCGAGACCGUUGAUGUCUGGAGGAAGAACGGGGUCCUCCUAGAUCAGAUCGUGCAGGUGUAUAACGAGAUACCAGAGAUAUCGCGUGGGAAGUAUUUCCCGUGGCUUCUUCGCAACACCCACCUGCUAAGCCAAGACAAGAUUGCCGAGCCGAGCCAAGAAUCUCCUCAAUCUUACCUAGAAAGGGUGUUUGAAGAAGCGAGGCAAUAUCUCAAGGGUCAAGAUAGCGGAAAGACCGUGGAACAGCUGGAGCCGUUUGAUAAGCGACGAUGUUUUAUUUUCUUUGCCUUAACACUUGAAAAUUCCAACCCGUCGCCCAUAGAACAUGCUUUUGACCUCUGGUAUGACUUCGGAUUCGCUACAUGUAUCGGUCGCGACCUAACUCCCAAAGGGAUUCAACACGCCGAGGGUAGUCUCGGGGGGUUAUAUUCUUUGUUAUUGUGUGGGCACAAGCCCAGAAGGGCUUACUGUAGAAGCCUUGGAAUCCCAUACGAUGGCCCUCCUGAUCCACCAAUAUGCUCUUUUGACGAGUUUUAUAGGGCCUGGAGUUCCUACACAUUGCCUUCUGUCUUUGAUAAGUAUGGAUAUAGCAGUCAAAUCGAUAGUUGGCCCUUUUUCAGAAAGUUCCUCUCGUCUAAACCGGAGAGACGUGCACAUAUUUGGAGGCUGUUGCAGUACAUAGCAAUUGGCAAACUCAACGCCAUUGACUCAAUGCCAGAGCUGAAGGAUGCAGCAAAGUCCUACGGAAUUUCCCCGCAUGUCGAUACAAGAGAGCGACUCGUCCUAUACGAGUUCUAUCGUCAGUUACUGGGUGUUGUUGAUCCUUUAUGUUUUGAUGAGGCAUGCGAGCAAGGCGCAUUGUUAAGAUUUGCCCUUGAACAUCUGGGAACAGACAUGGACACAAGAGUCAAGUCAUCGCUAGUCAAGCUAGACCUUUCGAAAAGGACCAGGAGGUAGACGAGUGUGAUGGGUAUUGAUUGAAUUUUUUAUGUGAUGUGUGCUUUAUCAAUAACGCGACCUAAAUAGUCUUUAAAUAUCAUUUCGUGGAUCGCUAUCACCCCAAUCCUUCUUCCACUCUCGAAGUAAGAUAUCUUUAGCGCCUAACGACUCGAUCGUUAUGGCGUCAAAAAAAAAAACGUAUCCGAACCGACGAAUGGUAUCCUGCACGUAGUAUCCAUAUAAGUUACUAUAGGUGCCACCCCAUAUUAACGUCC